AUGGCGCGGUUUUCUCGCAACAAGGCGAGUCGGCCCUCGAGGUCGGCCGUCUCACCAUGGAUGACGGCCAUCUACCUGGUUGCUGCGCUGAUCGCACCCUUCGCCCUCAUGGGCAUGAUCCCAACCGCACAGGCAGCGGAUGACACUGGUGUCUCAGGACCAGGUAAGUGGAACAACCACUCGGGCAGGGAGCUUUGACGCACAGCUACUCAAUCACCUCUGCGAUGGCUUUGCCGAUCCAGGAGCUCGAGAUUCUUGAGCAAUCAGCUAACUUCUUUGGCUGAAUAGUUAUCGGUAUCGAUCUUGGAACAACCUACUCAUGUGUCGGCAUCAUGAAGGGCGGCAACGUCGAGAUUCUCGUCAAUGACCAGGGUAACCGAAUAACGCCUUCUUGGGUGGCAUGGAACGAUGAGGAGCGUCUCGUAGGAGAUGCAGCAAAAAAUCAAUUCGCAUCGAACCCACAUCGGACAAUCUUCGACGUCAAGCGAUUGAUUGGAAGAAAGUUUGACGACAAAGACGUUCAGAAGGACAUCAAGCACUUCCCUUUCACCGUUGUCAACAAGAACGGUCAACCCCGUGUCAAGGUUGAUGUAUCUGGGUAAGUUCUCCUCGAACUCCGAACAGCGUCUCACAGUGACUGACUUGCUGCAGUGAGGACAAGACUUUCACCCCCGAAGAAGUGUCCUCUAUGGUUCUUGGUAAGAUGAAGGAAAUCGCCGAAUCUUACCUGGGCCAGAAGGUUCAGAACGCCGUCGUCACCGUCCCCGCCUACUUCAACGACGCCCAACGUGCCGCGACGAAAGAUGCCGGCACUAUUGCCGGUCUCAAUGUCCUCCGUGUUGUCAACGAGCCCACCGCCGCCGCCCUUGCUUACGGACUGGACAAGACCGAUCAGGAACGCCAGAUCAUCGUCUACGAUCUCGGUGGUGGAACUUUCGAUGUCUCGGUCUUGACUGUUGACCAAGGUGUUUUCGAAGUCCAAGCUACCGCUGGUGACACCCACUUGGGUGGUGAAGAUUUCGACCAGCGUAUCGCGGACUACUUCAUCAAGAAGUACAACAAGGAGCACGACACGGACAUCACCAAGAACGCAAAGACGUUGGGUAAGCUGAAGCGGGAGGUCGAGAAGGCCAAGCGCGCGCUUUCCAGCCAGAUGAGCACGAAGAUCGAAAUCGAGGCAUUCCACGAUGGCAACGACUUCUCCGAGACCCUGACCCGCGCCAAGUUCGAAGAGCUCAACAACGACCUGUUCAAGAAGACCCUCAAGCCUGUCGAGCAGGUGUUGAAGGAUGCCAAGCUCAAGAAGAGCGAUAUCGACGACAUUGUUCUCGUCGGUGGCUCUACGCGUAUUCCCAAGGUCCAGGCGAUGCUGGAGGAGUUCUUUGGCAAGAAGGCCAGCAAGGGUAUCAACCCUGAUGAGGCUGUCGCCUAUGGUGCUGCUGUUCAGGGUGGUGUCUUGUCCGGCGAGGAGCAGGUAUGUCAUUCAACCUCGACUUCACAGCUAGCACACAUGCUAACAAAUAAUGUUCCAGGCCAGCGAGAUUGUCCUCAUGGAUGUCAACCCGCUUACCCUCGGUAUCGAGACCACUGGCGGAGUCAUGACCCACCUCAUCAAGCGUGGAACCACCAUUCCUACCAAGAAGAGCCAGAUCUUUUCUACGGCUGCUGACAACCAGCCUGUUGUCCUGAUUCAGGUAUUCGAAGGAGAGCGAUCGAUGACAAAGGACAACAACCUCCUCGGCAAAUUCGAAUUGUCUGGAAUUCCUCCGGCGCCUCGUGGCCAACCCCAGAUCGAAGUCACCUUUGAGCUCGACGCAAACGGAAUUCUGAGAGUUUCUGCCGGCGACAAGGGCACUGGCAAGAGCGAGUCUAUCACAAUCACGAACGACAAGGGCCGCCUCAGCGCCGAAGAAAUCGAGCGUAUGGUCGAGGAAGCUGAGAAGUAUGCCGAGGAGGACAAGGCCACCCGGUCACGCAUCGAAGCUCGCAACGGUCUUGAGAACUACGCCUUCAGCUUGAAGAACCAGGUCAAUGACGAGGAGGGACUUGGCGGCAAGAUCGACGAGGAUGACAAGGACAGCCUUCUCGAGGCCAUCAAGGAGGCCACUGAGUGGAUGGAGGAGAAUGCCCAGACGGCUACGACCGAGGACUUUGAGGAGCAGAAGCAGAAGCUGUCGGACGUUGCCUACCCGAUCACAUCGAAGCUGUACGAGAGCAGCGGCGCGGGAGGCAUGCCAGACUACGGCGACGACGAGCCAAGCGGGCACGACGAGCUCUAA